UUCGAAAAACAUGGCAGAAGCCGAUUCCAAUGUCAGUACAAAUCCCUACAGAAAAUCAUUGAAAGUAGCGGUUGCAGCCAUAUGCAACGAAGUUGGAUAUGGCGAGGCAGAAGAUAUUGCCAUUGAGACAUUAACUGAAAUGUUACAGAGUCUGUUGAGUGAGUUAGCACGUACAUCUCGGUCAUAUGCAGAGCUCUCAGGAAGAACUGAUGUCAUGGUGGCAGACUGUGUCAUGUCUAUGGUGGAUCUUGGCUUAAAUGUUGAGUCCAUAAAAGCCUAUGCCAAAAGACCGAAUGCAACAGUACUUCUACCACCCAGCCACACUCCAGCCAGUAACACCCCUAGAUCUCUACAGGUGGGGAGUAAAAAGGACCACCUGAGUCACAUCCCAGACUACCUUCCACCUUUCCCUGAUACUCACACUUACAUCAAAACUCCAUCCCACAUGCAACCUCCAAACGAAUACCAGGUUAUUCGUGAAAAAGCAGCAUCACAAAAGAGAGAUGUAGAAAGAGCAUUAACAAGAUUUAUUGCCAAGACAGGAGAGACGCAUUCUCUCUUUAAGGACGACACAUCUGCAUUUCCAUUGAUAGCUUGCAAGCCUACCCCUCACCCAUACUUAGAUGCAUUAUUACCAAAGGACCAAGAGCUGGACCAUGUUGAUCAGACAGAUGCAGGGCAACAUAAACAACCACCAGGAAGGAGGAAACGUCCAGUAGAGGAUGGACAAGGGAACACGCAGGACUCUGGUUAUGGCACACAGGACUCUGGUCCGUCAUCACAAACUAGUUUAGAUCAGUCUCAGUCUAAAGAGGAUGCAGCAGACAAUGAUGCCAUAGACAACCCUUUUCUAAGACCUGUAAAAUUUCCUUUGAAAAAAGGGAAAUAUUAUUAGUGUUUUCAUUGGGUACAAAAAUGUUGGACAUGUUUUUUUUUUCCUUUUUAUAAUAAAGUAUAUUGCUUUGCAAAAUUGGGUCUUUUGGUUCAAAGCAUCAUGUACAUUAGUGUAAAACUAUCUAAUAGGUGAACAGGGAAGAACUGGACACGCCAGCAGAAUAUAACUCUUUAUUUUAUCUUCUCCCUCCUUUGGGUAAGCAUACCCCAUGUUAUUAUACUCGUUACAGUUUUAAUUACUUCCCUAUAUCAUCAUGCACAUGUAUGUCCCCUCGUUGCUUCUAGCAAGUACCUCUGUAAACAUAAUGGUACAUAAUGUAAAAAAAAUUAAUUUUAUAUUUACAAACAAAACAGGAUUAGAUCCAUUUGCUACAAUGUUUACUUAUAUUUAUAAUCCAUAAAAUCUUUUUUUAAACCACUGACCUUUCUUUGAACCACGCACUUUACAAAUCUUCUAUGAAAAAUGUACCGUAGAUCUAUUCUUCCCUCUCUCUCACAUACACAAUUACAUAUGAUAUAAUAAUGAAAAAAAAA